CCUCCUCCUCCUCCUCCUCUUCCUGACGCCACAAACGAGCCAGGAUCGGCGCAAAGAAGAGCGUGUGUGCGUGUGUCUGCCGCCGCCUCCUCCUCUUCAUCACAACUCCACAUUAAAGAGCAGCGUGUCCCUUUAAAAGCGUCUGACUAAAAAAAAAAAGCGCCCAUAUGAUCCCUGAGCUCCAAUCACCAAUUCCUCCUGCAAAAGCAGCCUCUGCAUUUUUGUGUGUCUGAAUGCUACAGCAGCAGCAGCAGCAGCGGCGGCAGCAGAGGCAGAGGCAAAGGCAAAGGCACGGGGAGGGAAGGAAAAAGAGAUUUAUGGAUAAGGCAAAAACUGGAGAAAUGUGACAAAUCAACGGUCAUUUUCAUGGCGGAGGGGAAACUGCUGCGAAAGGAGUUAUUCUUGGACUCCUUUGAGCCUCGGAACGCUGGAUCAAAAUGCUCAUAGUGGAGAAGACCACAGACUUCCCCUCUGCUGAGUUCUCUCUGGUGGAGGAUGUGGCUCUGCACUUCACCUGUUUGAUGGACAGGCUGAAUGAGCAGCGUCUCUUCCAGCCUGACCUGUGCGACGUCGACAUCGUCCUGGUCCGUCAGCACAGCACCUUCCCGGCCCACAAGGGCGUGCUGGCGGCCUACAGCCCGUUCUUCCACUCCCUCUUCGCCCAGAGCAAACAGCUGCGGCGCGUGGACCUGUCGCUGGACGCCCUGACCUCGCAGGGCCUGCAGCAAAUCCUCAACUUCAUCUACACCUCCAAGCUGCUGGUGAGCAGCCGCACCGUCCGCGACGUGCUGAACGCGGCCACGCUGCUGCAGAUGAGCGACAUCGCCGCGUCCUGUCGCGACCUCAUCAGCAGCCACUCGCUGAGAACCACCUGCGCGGAUAUGGCAAACCAGGACGGGGUCGGCGGCGGCGAUGACCCGACUGCUGUCGCAAUCCCUGCCAGAUCGUUGUACCGGGAGAUCAAGCAGGAGUCAGAGCUGAGCAGGGUGUUCAAGAGAGAGGGCAACAGCCCGUUUUCUGUCCGAGUGGAGGAGGCGGGAAAGACGCCCUCCCAGCAGAAGCAGUACUACCAGAAAGAUGAGGGGACGGGUGCGUUGUGCAAAGUAGAAGGCAACAGCGAGGACUCAAAGUCCACCGACAGCCACUCGUCCUUCAACAGAGAUCAAAUCAUCGUUGAAGUGAAUCUCAACAACCAGACGCUUAAUGUGUCAAAGGGAUCAGAAGGCAAGUCCACAGAGUCGGCCGGCAUGUUUGGCUGUUGCCACGACAACGAGAGAGAUUCCGAGGACGACGAGGAGAACGAGGCGGAGAACGACGACGCCAUCGAAGCCGAUCACAGCGACCUACAGAGGGGAGACAUGGCGGGGCCGAGCAGUGACGAGGACGAUGAGGAGGACGAGGAAGAGGAGGAGAACACCCUAAACAUUCCAGGCUUGCAGCAGGCGGCCAUGAUGGAUCGCCCCCGGCGGGGCACCAGAGCCUUAACCAUGGCAGGAACCGUGGCCUCCAUGCGGCAGACGCUGGCCGAGGCCACGCUUGCCAACCAGCGGCCGCGCGGGAAGAGGCACGCGGGCCGAGAGUGCGUGGGCCAGAAAGUGAGGCUGGAGGAGAAGCAGCACUUCCCGUGCAAGAAGUGUCCGCGCGUCUUCAACAACUGCUGGUACCUGGAGAAGCACAUGAACGUCACUCACAACCGCAUGCAGAUCUGCAACAACUGCGGGAAGCGCUUCCUGCUGGAGAGCGAGCUGCUCCUGCACCAGCAGACCGACUGUGAGAAAAGCAUCCAGUGUGUAACAUGUGGCAAAGCCUUCAAGAAGCUGUGGUCGUUACACGAGCACAACAAGAUCGUCCACGGCUACGCCGAGAAGAAGUUCUCCUGUGAGAUCUGCGAGAAGAAGUUCUACACCAUGGCUCACGUCCGGAAGCACAUGGUCGCCCAUACGAAGGACAUGCCGUUCACCUGCGAGACGUGCGGGAAGUCAUUCAAGCGCAGCAUGUCCCUGAAGGUUCACUCUCUGCAGCACUCAGGAGAGAAACCCUUCAAGUGUGAGAACUGCAGCGAGCGCUUCCAGUACAAGUACCAGCUGCGCUCCCACAUGAGCAUCCACAUCGGACACAAGCAGUUCAUGUGCCAGUGGUGCGGAAAGGACUUCAACAUGAAACAGUACUUUGACGAACACAUGAAGACACACACUGGAGAGAAGCCGUACAUCUGUGAGAUCUGCGGGAAAAGCUUCACCAGCCGGCCUAACAUGAAGCGCCACCGCCGCACACACACUGGAGAAAAGCCGUAUCCCUGCGAGGUGUGCGGCCAGCGCUUCCGCUUCUCCAACAUGCUCAAGGCCCACAGGGAAAAGUGCUUCCGAGUCAGUAACCCCAUGGUUACGGAUGGAGACGACGCCCUCGGGCUGGACCAGUCGCCUGCAGCGGACUCUUCCGGUCAGGCUCACCUGGGGACUGCGCUUCCUGCCACGUCCGUGACCACGCCCCCCGUUGCCUCCAGCCCCCACCCACUCCACGGCACCCAGCUUUCUCUGCCCCUGCUGCCUCCGAUGGGCGGGCUGCCUCCCACUCCUCACUUACCCCCGCCGCCUCCCCUGUUCUCUGCUGGUAGGAUGAGCUCCAACAACUAACAAAUCUUUCUAGCUUUGAAAGCACUUUUGUUGUACCAUUUUUCUUUGGGAACUUUUUAAAGAGGACCCUGUGGGUGUGAGUGAUGCACCUCAGGGACACAGAGGAGGGAGAAAACUGAGUGAAGCCUGCAUAGAGGCCCCAUAAAAAAGCAUAUAUAUACACCUACCACAAUAAUAAAGUGUUAUUUUUUACUCUCUUGAAUACAAUAGAAAACCUCAGUGUCCGCUCGGACUUCACGUCAUCACUCUUCUCCUCGCGUGAAUCUCAAAACCUUUGUCGUCGUUUCUCAUUUCCCACACCACCGUGGUCAUCUCUCCUGAGUGUUGCACAAUGCAUUGAUUGUAGCAUCUUUUACCGAGUGGAAGAAAAGAGUUUCCUCCAUGUCCACUGAUGGUUCAUCAGUGGAGUGAGAUUAACACAACGGAAGAAAAAAAAGACAAAAAAAAAAAGGUUUAUUUUCCCGUUCUCUGCCAAGAUGUAGCGCGUGGUUCUGGUUCCUACCCUGCAAUAACCAAAUCCUGAUUUGUCUUUUGAGCAUUAUACAUGUAUAACGGCGUUGCCAAUAACCAAAUCCUGUUAGCUCACCUGCUAUAGUUAGGUAAUGUUAUACAGCGUUUAUAAUCGAUCCUGCACCUUACAUUUAACUCUAGUGAUAUUUAAAAGUGUAAUCCUAGUCGUCUUCAUUUUUAUAAUUGUGGUCGUGUGUAAUUUGUGGCACGUCAACGUCAGUUUGUGAGGACACGAGAGAAGUGGUGACACUUGCACAGUCGACUGUGCAGUGUGUGUGUGUGUGUGUGUGUGUGUGUGUGAUGGGACGUGAGAAGAUCCAGAUCUAUAUUCAGCUAAAUACGAGCUUCCCUAAAUCAGGAGAGGAACAAAAUGUGUUGACUUUCUUUUUUUUUUUUUUUUUUUAAUUCUUCUUCUAUCUUUUGUUGUUGCUUGCUUACAUUAAGCAAGUACACUCCACUCCCGUCAACGUGGCUUUGAGAUGAUGUGGCACUUUUUUUUUCUGUGACUUGUUAGUAAAAAACACCUAAUGUACUUGGACCUACAGUAUAGUUGUAGGUUUCCUUCUGAUGUAAAUGUUAACUUACCGCUAACUGCCACGCCCCCCCAAAAUCAUGUCGUUAGUCUGCAGAAUACCAACACUAUAGUGAUAAUAAUAAUAUUCACAAACUCUGCUAAUGAAGCUCAUUAAGUGCGCACAUCUCCUCAUUAAGUAUAUUGUGAAAUGAUUAACGUUCUAUUCCAAUCUCCUCUUAAAGAGCACUGACAUUGACGGUGAUUACAUGGACGGCAAUAAUCUGAUAUUAACCUGAUUUGAGACAAUAAGUCACUGCCAUGUAAGUAGCAUGUUCUGAUUAACGCAUCCUAAAAAAAAAUGGUCAUAUUGAUUUCAAAUAAGCAAGAAAAGUCAAUUAUUUGUAACCUAGUUGUGUUGUGUACACACGAGUCAUCAUCAGACAAAGACUAACAGGAAUACGACUGAAAUAUUAUAAUAAGCAGCUCAUGCAAACACAGUUUGAAUCAUGUCUUUUUUCAGAAUUGGGUUAAUAGAUUUUAUUGGUUUCCAUGUAAACGUGGUCAUUUAUUACUUUUGGCACAGCGGAGCUCGUCACUUA